AUGUCUCAAGAUAUCCCCAAUUGGGCCACGAAUCUAUGCAAUCCGAACUAUGUUCAUUCAAUGCAGUCUGUAUCCACGAAUACAUAUCCCCUGCCACCUGGAUUUGUGAAAUCACGGGGAUCAAGAGCUAAUACUAAAGCCCAGAAUGCCGACACUCAAUCUAAUAAGGAAAAUAUUAAUAAAUUGCAAGUUCAGAAGGCUUGGCACAUUGCUCUUCAACCAGCUAAGACAAUUCCUAUGAAUUUUAUCAUUUCAUAUAUGUCUGGUACGUCUCUUCAGAUAAUUCCCAUUAUGACAGCUUUGAUGUUAUUGUCCGGGCCUAUUAAGAGCGUUCUACAAAUGAGAUCAGCUUUCAGUGCAGUUUUGGGAAAUAAUGAUAUCCAUUCUCAAGUGAUUGGCGCAAUGAUCACUUAUGUACUAUUUCAAGUGGUAUUAAUGGGGAUUGGGUUGCAGAAAUUGAACGCCAUGGGAUUAAUUCCAAAUACUAAGAGUGACUGGCUAGCGUGGGAGUCUCCUAGUACAUACAAUAUUAAAGCAUAUGCAUUCUAA